CAAAGAUCUAAACUUUUUUUUGACGUGCAUUCUGAUUAGGAAGAUAAAAUAACGGUAUCCAAAAAUAGCAUAAGAAGCAUUAUCAGAUUGUUUUACGAAUAGGUUAAUGAUAAUCUGUUUUCUCGGACAAAGCACUUUGAGUGCUGGAAAGCUCUGAUCAAACACUGACAUAGUUCAAUUUCAUCUAAUGUACCUUGUCUAAAUUUAUCACAUUUUAAACUGAGACUGUUGAUUGUUUCAAAUACUGUACCUUAAAUGAUUUUAUUUUCAUUUGAUAAAAUUUUGCUUGAAUAGAUCCGAUACGCAUCUCCAUAUUUCACUGUAUCAUUUUAAAUGCAUUUAAUUUGUUAUUUUAUUUAUUAAUUUCAAACUGAGACUAUUGAUAGUUGAGAAACCUGUUCUCGAGUCGAUUUUUAAAAAAAAUCAUUUGACACACCUACCGUUAUUUCAACUAAAAGUUCUAAGUCCUUUAAUGUCUACGAGUUGAUUCAAUAUGCACUGUAGUAAGCAAGGCAAUACGCUUAAAAAAUGUUAACACAGAAACGUAGAGAGUAAUUAACAAUAUCAUCAUAGCAGGUAACUGUAUUCUAAUCAUAUAACAUCAGGCUAAAGUUCUGACUAUAUGUUAAUUCUAUCUAUACCUGAAGUAGUUACAUUGUUAGAAACGAUACAUGCAAUUAAUUGCUGGUCUAUUCAGUGAAUAUGGAAUGUCAACAAAGAAAUUAUAUGUGUAACUCAAGAAUCAAGUCAAAGCAUUCCAUGAUACUUGGCGCUAUAGAUGUAACUUGAGACUUUGGGAAUUAAUAUAAAAUGUGUAUCCUUAAAUUGAUAUUAUAUUUCAUUAAACAGUUUUACAAAUUUAUUAUUUUUAAAUCCAACCAAUGGGGCUGUUUUUUAAUUAAAAUGAAAUUUCUUCGAAUUGUACAAAUCUUGUCAGUGCAUAAUGUCUAAAAUAAAUGUAUUGGUCUAAUUUUUAGUAUAAUCUUUUUCUAGAAGGGUGAUAUUCACAUGAAGGCUGUCACUUAAGUGACCCACCUUUGGUGAUGCCUAUGGAGACGGAAUUGGUCAUGCUAGAGAUCACGUAUGUGCCCCCUCCCCUUCAUUAGGAAUGUGGCAAUCCCUUGUGGACAGCAGAAAUAUCUCCAAAAGACUAAUAAUUUGUAAAGUGGACCGAAAAUCCAUUAUCUGAUCUGAGAACUAUUUAACACUUAGAUUAGUUGUGAUUACAUCCAAAUAUAGCAAAGUAUUUGAUGAAAUUCAUUUGUCUAAGCACACAAUCAUUUAUUGAAACCAGUUACCCCGUUAUCAGAUUUAGGGCGCCUAAAAUGAUGACUAUUUCAAACAUUGUGACCUAAUUAUUAAAAUACGGAGGAGCAGACAAAUAAAGCGUUAAUUAGAAGAUAUUCGUUUAAAUCUGCAAGUGUUAAGCCAAAUGGCAGAGGAUGCGCAAAAAGAACCCAAAGAAGGGCAGCCGCGACUACAGCCACUCCAUGAUCAGAUGAGACUGCUGCCACUCUAAUGACCAUCCGAAAUACUCUCACUUUAGAAUCAACUGAGUCUGCUCCCAUUAGGAUCUAUUGAGACUGCUGCCAUUUCUGGAUCUAAUGAGACCUUUGCCAUUCCAGGAUCUACUGAGCCUGCUGCCAUUUCUGGAUCUACUGAGACCUUUGCCAUUCCAGGAUCUACUGAGACUGUUGCAAUUCCAGGAUCUACUGAGACUGUUGCAAUUCCAGGAUCUACUGAGACUGCUGCCAUUCCAGGAUCUACUGAGACUGCUGCCAUUCCAGGAUCUACUUAGACUGUUGCCAUUCCAGGAUCUACUGAGACUGCUGCCAUUCCAGGACCUACUGAGACUGCUGCCAUUCCAGGAUCUACUGAGACUGCUGCCACUCCAUGACCACCCGAGAUAAUGUCACUUUAGAAUCAGCUGAGACUGAUGCCAUUCCAGAAUCAGAUUGAUAAGUCAUCCGAGGAUUUACAAAUAAAACAAAAGCUAUUCCAUAGUCUGACAUUGAAGGAAAGGUGACAACGAAAACUCUAUACAACAAAAUUAAGAACUCCAUCUUCUCUAGCUUAUUACUUUUCAAAAAUACUCUUUUAUCAAAAGUUAGUUUUAUAAAGGUGCAAGAGCUCUGCCCAAUACUUAGGUGACAGUGCGUCAAAUCACAUAUCUGUCAGUGACAGGUUCAUGCUCAAUAUUUAGGUGUCAGUGGUCAACAGUCACCUAUAUUUCAGUUUGACAAGUUAAUAAAACUCGAACGAGCGUGGGCGUAUUACAGCUUUGACAAUAUCUGGAUACAUCACUGAGACAAAUCAGAUGCAUGUGAUAAACCUCAUAUCAUGCCACGAUAACAUUAUCACGCAACAGUUGCUUGUGACUCCCGUGCCAUGGGACAUUCAGUCAAACACAUUUCAGAUAGAUGGAAACGAAAGUUUAAACGGUGGUUAGAUUUAUAUGUCUCUUAAGAACUAAAAUUGCAAGCUGAAUGCAAUGAAACGAGCUUGAAAUAACAUGAUGAAAAGGCGUCUGGGAGAUCUAUUUGAGAGUUGUCAAUGUUAAGUAAACUUGUUUUGUGUCUAUAAACUUGGUCGGUUUUGUAAACUUUGUUGGUUUUCUGUAAAUUUGGUUGUUAUCUGUAAACUUGAUUGUUUUCUGAAAACUUUUUGGGUUUCUGUAAACUUGUUUGUUCGCUGUAUACUUGUUGGGUUUCUGUGAACUUGAAUGUUUUUUGUAAAACUUGUUUGUUCUCUGUAAACUUGAUUGUUUUCUGUAAACUUGUUUGUUCUCUGUAAACUUGAUUGUUUUCUGUAAACUUGUUUGUUCUCUGUAAACUUGUUUGCUUUCUGUAAACUUGUUUAUUCUCUGCUAACUUGUUUGUUCUCUGUAAACUCGAUUGUUUUUUGUAAAACUUGUUUGUUCUCUGUAAACUUGAUUGUUUUCUGUAAACUUGUUUGUUCUCUGUAAACUUGUUGGGUUUCUGUAAACUUGUUUAUUCUCUGCUAACUUGUUUGUUCUCUGUAAACUUGUUGAAUUUCUGUAAACUUGCUUGUUUUCUGUAAACUUGUUUGUUCUCUGUAAAAUGUUUGUUCUCUGUAUACUUGUUGGGUUUCUGUAAACUUGUUAGGUUUCUAAAGACAGCUAAUGCUAUCGCCAUUGACGAGUCCCUUUACUUUCCUUAACGUGUUGUAACUCAACAGGUUUCAACGCAGAUCUCCAUUCAAGAAUGUCCUGUCCAGUUAGUUCAAUAAAUCCCUUACCUAAAUUAUCCCGGGAUCGAUGUUUAUGUUCUGGAGGGGGUAAUAGUUUAAUAUUCUGAAAAGAUAUUGUCGUGUGCCACCAACUUAACAGACUUAAAAGAAAUGAUGAGAGGGGAAUAAACCCAUGUAAUCGACCCCCAUCCCCCGCUUGUCUCACUCUCAAAGUAACUAACACUUUACGACGAUGAGCAGACGAAUCGAUGGGAUGAAAAUGUGUCCAGGUCACUCAACACCAUCAUGGGUCUUAAGCUGAAUCUCAGUCGGGUGUACGAUGUUGCCUGCACACCUUGUGGUCAUCUUGGUCAGCCUGGGCACGUAUGCACAUGUUUACGUCACUGCACAGGUAUGGUCAAAGUUAUGAUAAUCAUGUUCAUUAUAAUUAGUCAAUAAUCCCACUAAUCUUUGCAGAUUAAAAAAAAAGAAGCUUUAUCGCUAUUUCAACAAUAUUAACAACUAGUUUUGUAGCUAUACAGACCUUUGACAUUUGUUUCACCAUUUUCUACACCCCCGCCCCCCCCCCUCUUAUUUUGCAUUUUUAGCCUAAUAAUUUCUAAAUUGUGAAUAGAUUUUUCAACAAUAUUAACAACUAGUUUUGUAGCUAUACAGACCUUUGCCAUUUGUUUCACCAUUUUCUACACCCCCGCCCCCCCCCCCUCUUAUUUUGCAUUUUUAGCCUAAUAAUUUCUAAAUUGUGAAUAGAUUUUAAACGUAUAUAUGUAAAUGAAAAACGAUCAGAUUUAAGAAAUAGCGGCGUGGUGAUAGACUAACUCAUUAGACAUUCAUGUUCAAUUUAAUAGCAAUUCUGCCUCAGACUCUGUCAACAUUAAACAGCGUGGAAUAGUGUUGGUUAAACUUAGCCUUCACCUUUCCUGAAACACCUUCACAAACACCUUCACAGACACCUUCACAGACACCUUCACAGACACCUUCACAGACACCUUCACAGACACCUUCACAGACACCUUUACAGACACCUUCACAGACACCUUCACAGGCACCCUCACAAACACCUUCACACACACCUUCACAAACACCUUCACAAACACCUUCACAAACACCUUCACAAACACUCGCGCACGCACAACAAAAAUACGCGAACACAAACAAACACCUACAUGUGCGCAAUCACACAGCCACUCUCUCACACACACACAAACCUGCACACAAGCCUGUUUUAAACUGACAAUAUUGCCCACGUAUUUGCCCCGUCCCAGACCCCAGUUUUAAACUGACAAUGUUGCCCACCUAUUUGCCCCGUCCCAGACCACCGACCCGAGCGCCAACCUGUGCAAUGGCGGCACGACCUACGAGUACGACAUGGGCAACGAUACGACCGUCACAACCCUGAGCCCAACACUUGACCCCCAGAAGGACAACAGCACCAUGAGAUGCAAGGUCGUCUUUAAAACUAGCGACCACUAUCUCGUGGCCCUGGUUCAAGACAAGUAAGAAUGUGUUUACCCCCCCCCCCAAAAAAAAAAAUAUAUAUAAAAAAAUUAACAUUCUAUUUUUACCUCCAUGGGCCCACGUUCUGGAACCAGCUCCUCUUCCAUAUCCGUCAUUGUGAAACCUCGUCAAAAAAAAAAUAUAUAUAUAAAAAAAUCACCAUUCUAUUUUUACCCGUAUUACUUGACUUACUUCACUAAAACUCUGUCUUACCUUUCAUGUUAACUUUAAAGUCAUAUAUGUACCGUUAGACCAAAACUUUAUGGUACAUAAAGAUUGUUAAAAAUUGCUUUUAUUUUGGUAUUCCGCUAGUCAAUUUGACCUGGAGCAGGUGGGGAAGGUCGGCUACUGCCGUGUGAACUGGACGUGCGUGGACGGCAAGGGGUUCUGUGAUGACAUGGAGUUCAACCAUUUGGCCGUCUACAUCGUCCCACCCAGGAGUGUCUUUAGUCUUUACUUCAACAAUAACGUCCUCAUCUCUAAGACCGGAAUUGACGUGAGUCAUGGCAGCGCAAAGUCGAUUUUGGUCUCACUGUUGGUCUUAAUGAUAGUCUUAGUCAUGGGCGCCCGCAGGGGGGGGGGCAAGGGGGGCACUUGCCCCCCCCUGGAUUGAUUGGAUAAAAAAUUUUUAGACAAAAAUAGACAAAAAAUUUAUUAAAGUAAAGAGAAAAUAAAGAGAAAGUAACUAAGCUGAUGUCCUAUCCGUUCGUUCACCAUACAAAUACGCUACAGUAAAUUAAAACUAUAUUGAAACAUUACUAAACAAUUUUUGCCCCCCCCCCUUGAAAGUUAAACGAAUUUUUUUGCCCCUCCCCCCAGAAAGUUUUUUGCGGGCGCCCAUGGUCUCAGCGAUGGUCUUGAUGUUGGUCUCAUUGUAGCUAUUAAUCUCAGUGUUGGUCUUAAUAAGCUGAAUGAUAAUUUCCGUAAUAAAAGUUUCGUAAAUGUUGCCCCUGUAUUUAAACGCGCACCCCCCCCCACACACACACACACUUUUCCCACGUCACACAAGUUUAUUCCAUAUUCUUCAUUUAUACUUUCAACCCGUGUUUAAUAAAAGAUAUGGGGAAAAAAAAUUAAUUUCACUUGACACAAAAUUAAUUUUUGAUGUCUUCCACUCUUGUCCAAAGCAGAUGGCUAUGUCUCUUUUAUUUCAACAUAUAGCAAAUUGAUAACAUCUUCUCAAUCAGCAAGCACUAUGGUGGGAUGGUGGGACACCCUUACGAUUUAGCCCAACGGUUCUCAAAGGGGUCGCCGAAGACCAUCGGAAACUUAUAUUUAUGAAGUAGCAACGAAAAUAAUUUUAUAGUUGGGUGUCAACACAAUAUGAGGAACUGUAUUAAAGGGUCGCGGCAUUAGGAAGGUUGAGAACCACUGUUUUAGACGAAGAUAAAUAAGACGACCUAGCUUUUCAGACCCCCGAGGUGGUUCAUUAUUUAAUAGAUAAUGGCACACUUGUAUAUUUUUAUGUGAAUUAUUGUUGUACUUUAUGUUCCAAAAGAUGAUUAGCUUGAUGGCCACGUAGCUGCGUUGUAGUUAGAACGAUGUUUGGCCAGAAUGGUCUCAUCUCUUAGCUACGUUGUAGUUAGAACGCUAUUUGGCCAGAUUGAUGUCGGCGCGUCUUAAUAGGCAACGCAAAAAUAGUAAAACUGAAUUAUUGCACACGUUUAUUGUAAUGUAAAAAAUGACAUGGAUGUAAUAGAUUAUUAUUCAUGUGUUAAACACUUUUAAAGUUUGAACAUUUUGAUGUUGUAGAUCACAUAUCAGCCAUUAAUUUUAAAUUAAUAAAAAUUAUUUUUCGCCAAAUCUGCAUUGUUAAAUAUUUCAGCUCACUAUGAUUGGAGAAACAUGUCUAAAUCUUGGUUCGGAGAUUAUAGAAAAAUUGAGAAAUGUUGAGUCAGAGAUUACAUAAACGUGGCGAAAUGUUGGGUCGGAGAUUACAGAAAAAUUGUGAAAUGUUGGUUCCGAGAUUAGAUAAACAUGGCGAAAUGUUGGGUCGGAGAUUACAGAAACAUUGAGAGAUGUUGGGUCAGAAAUUACAAAAACACCUGGCGAAAUGUUAGGUCUAUAUAAAAGAAACACUGAGCAAUGUUGGGUCAGAGAUUAAAGAAAGAUUGAGAAAUGUUGGUCCGUGGUUUAUAAAAUAUGUACAGGUUUCUUUGGUGAGAGAUUAGAUGACUAUAUAGAAAUAUUUGGGUCAAAGAUAACAUAACAUGACGGCAUAUUGUGUUAGAGAUUAGAGAAACAUAGAAACAUAGCGGGGCAGAGAUUGGAGAAACAUGUAGAACGUUUGGGUUACAGAUGUGGAGAACUAUAGACCAGCCAAUAGAAAAUGAUGAAUUCAAUGCUACAAAAUUUCUUUUAUUCUAUUUUUGGCCAUUAAACCAAAUAUUUUUUUUUUUCUUUAGGCUUUCAUUGGUAAUUUCGUAAACGUCAAUAGAACACAGAGGUCAUCCCAGGGGGGUGUGUGGUCCAUGUCCAAUUUUUUGACCUACAUCACACCGAUCAUAUCUGACGAGCAUGAAGAUGUCUACAAAGAGGCUUGCAAUAUCACCACAGUUCCGUGAUCCAGCCGUAGAUUGUAAGUGGACAAAUCUAACCCCCAAAGAAACACAUUGGUCUCAGUCUGCACAGCAAACACAUUGUUCUCUAUCUGUACAGCAAACACAUUGCGUCUCAGUCUGUACAACAAACACAACGGUCCCAGUCUGUACAGCAAACACAUUGGUCUCAGUCGGUGCAACAAACACAUUGGUCUCAGUCGGUACAACAAACACAUUGGUUCAGUCUGUACAACAAACACAUUGGUUCAGUCUAUACAACAAACACAUUGGUCGCAGUCUGUACUUGUGCCUCAGUCUGUACAACAAACACAUUGCGUCUAAAUCUGUACAACAAACACAUUGCGUAUCAGUCUGUACAACAAACACAUUGGUCCCAGUCUGUACAACAAACACAUCGGUCUCGGUCUGUACAGCAAACACAUUGCGUCUCAGUCUGUACAACAAACACAUCGGUCUCGGUCUGUACAGCAAACACAUUGCGUCUCAGUCUGUACAACAAACACAUCGGUCCCAGUCUGUACAACAAACACAUUGCGUAUCAGUCUGUACAACAAACACAUUGGUCCCAGUCUGUACAACAAACACAUUGGUCUCAGUCUGUACGCCAACUUCCGUCACAUUUCUUUCACAAAGAGUUUGAGUUGGAAGCAGGUGUGAAGAGUUGGAGAGGUGCACAUCAACUCAAGAGACACAAUUUCAGGCACGAAAAACCAGUGCUCAAAUAUUCCAUUAAAGCUGUACAGUAUUUUAGUUUCACCAAUAUCGCGGGCUCGGCUACAAACAUGGGGUAAACAACAUGGGAAGAGUUUGAGCGAGUUUAGGGUUACAGUUGGGCUCGGAAUCAUAAGUUAGAUUUUGUUUUAAUGGACAAGCUUCACUUUUUUUUUUGUAUUUUAAUUCUGUUGAUCUAAUUAUUGUUGUCCACAAAAUAAGAUUAAAUCAAGAUGUUUAUACUUUAAAUAACAAACCUCAGGUCAUUAGACCAGCGGUUCUCAACCUGUGGGUCGCGACACCUUUGUGGAUCGAAUGACCCUAUGACAGGGGUCGCGAAUGACUAUCGGAAAAAAAAAACUUUCAGUUAUGUAGAUGAAGCGAAAAUAAUUUUGUGUUUGGGGGUCGGCACACCUUGGGGAACUGUAUUGAAGCGUCGCGCCAUCAGAAAGGUUGAGAACCACUGCACUAGACUAAUGCCAAUUUUAAUUUAAAGACCAGUUUCUUUUAAUUUCCUAUAUCUAAUAUAUCUAGAGAUUAUUUUUUCUGCAGAUAUUGUGUUUAACUCUUCUCGACAGAUUUCAAGUUUUAAAUUGACAGGCAGAGUCCAAUGAUGUGAUACAACACAUGGAGUAAACGUUGAUAGCUGUGACAUGAUUGUGUCAGUUAUUUGAUUUAAAUGUAUGUUGUGUGGUAUGCUGUAAGAGAUUGUGAAGUGUUGCAUGUGGUUUUUCAUGAUGUAUGUAGUUCAUUUUGUUAUAAAUGGUGUUAUAUGUUUUAUGUGUCGUUUUUGCCAUUUUUAGUUAUGUGAACAAGACAUAUGAACAAUGAACUGUUUACAGAUCUAAAAAAAUAACUAGUCUCAUUUACCAUCUGCGAAUUUCGCACAAACAUGUGCUAUUGCGUCAGCUAUUGCUUCAAACAAUUACAUUUUCUUUCAUGCUCCAUUUUGUAAAAAGGUAAAAUCUGUACCAUUUCGCGCGACUUUAAUGACAUGUCUGCACUCCCAUCUGGCGCGUGCCUUACAUUCGAAGAUUGUUCAACUACCUAACAUGGGCGCGUGGUGGGC